CGUCCGCCCCCGAUUUUCUUCCGGGUAGCAAGAAAGGACGGCGAGAAUUGAAGGACGCUUUCAUUUUCCCCCCCAUUUUCCCGCGCGAAUUGCGCAGGCGGGCUGUGUUUUUCGUUCUCAUUUAUCUUUCUGUCCUGAAGAACAAAUGUCCGGACUGGUCAAUUUCGAAGAUGAAGAGGAGGUGAAAGUUUAUUUGGAAAAUCUGGGAAUAGAAUAUAGUUUCCAGUGCUACAAGGAGCACGAUCCUGACGGUUGCCAUCGUUUAGCUGAUUAUCUAGCUGGGAUAAAGGUCAACUUUGAAGGAGCUGCAAAAGUUCUAAAGGAAAAUUGUGAAAAUAAUCUGCACAGUGAGAGCUGCUACAAACUUGGACAUUACUAUUUGACUGGAAAAGGUGGGCUUCCAAGAGAUGUGAAAACUGCUUACCAAUGUUUUUUGAAAUCUUGUGAAAAAGGUGGGAAGAAAUCCAUCAAUGCUUGUCACAGUGCUGGACUAUUGGUACAAGAUGGACAAGUAAACGAGGAUGAGAAGCCUAAUGUCCCUUUAGCCAGGGACUAUUAUAGUAAAGCUUGUGACAGUGAUUUUGCCCCCAGUUGUUUCAACCUAAGUACUAUUUAUCUUCAAGGAGCUCCUGGCAUAUCAAAGGAUAUGAGUCAAGCAUUGCAGUAUUCUCUAAAAGCAUGUGACUUAGGGCACAUGUGGGGAUGUGCCAAUGCUAGCCGAAUGUACAAAUUGGGGGAUGGAGUUGAGAAGAAUGAUGCCAAGGCUGAAACUUUAAAGAACAGAGCAGAAACCUUAUACAAAGAACAAAACACAGCUGUAAAUACUUUAACAUUUGGACAGUAAGCCUAAACAAAUAAUCUAGUUUGAAGAAGUAUACUUUGUUAAAUAGGGCAGGUAUUUAAUCUCCAGGUUUAUUCUCUUGAAUGUUCAAAACUUGUAAAUGAAACUUUGUAUAAUUUAUUACAUAAGGCAAUAAAAUAACUG